GUCGAUUUCUUCUGGCAGUUCUACGGGACCCCGGCUGAACCAUGGUAUCGCAUGGAGGACGGACGCACGGAGACAAUCCUCAGUCAGGAGGGCACCCAGCAAGGCGACGCGGCGGGCCCUUCCUCUUCUGCCUGGGCCUCCACCCCGCCCUCGUCAAGCUGCAAGAGGAGUUCCCCGACGACUUGGUUAGUGCGUUCAUGGAUGACAUCGAUGGUGGACUGGAUGAGACACGUGUUACGGGGUAUGUGGACAGAGCCGAACAGCUUCUGGCUGAGAAGAAGUUGAGGCUGCGGAGAGACAAGAGUGUUGCAUGGAGCCCCCGCUGGCAACAAGACUCCGACAUCCCGGCGGACAUCGCUGCUUCCGGCGUCAAGUGCUCCACUGAAGGCAUCACUGUCCUCGGCUGCCCGCUUGGCGGCAACUCUUUCAUCCAGCAUAGCCUCGAGAAGAUCACCAGAAGCCACCAGCCGCUGCUCGACGCAAUUGUGACUUUUGCUCACAGGGCUCAGGCCUUCUUCUCCGCUAUUGUGCAUCCCCCCGGCUGAACUAUUGGCUGCGCCUCCUUCCCCAGAAUCCGAUGUCUCCCUGGCAGCCGCCGAGCGACAUGACGCC